CGUUGAUCCAAAAGUAACAGUUUUUCUUGGAAUUUUAACCGUUUAUGAAAAGACUGAGAUAAGGAAUUACUUGCGCGAUAUGUAUAAGCAUAGUAAUGCUGCACUAGCACGAUACCUUGGAGUUCAGGAAUCCCCUAUAACGGUUAAGUUUAUUCUAGGGAUUCCAAAGGACAAACGCGUAGAUGGGAUAAAUGAGGAAUCGAAAAAAUACGGAGAUAUCGUUUUAUUGAAUAUCACGGAAAAUAUGGAAGAAGGGAAGACUAUAACGUUUUUCGAUUGGUUCGCUGAGAACGCAAGUAUUCUUCGAAAGGACGAUUAUAUGUUGAAAGCAGACGAUGAUAGUUUUAUCCACCUUAUUCAUUACUAUCGCGACAUUCAAGAUUUGCCGAGAAAACUUACAUAUUAUGGUCUAUCACUAAAUUAUACCAACACCGAUGAAUUAGGAGCAAAGGUCUACAUGUGGGGUAUGGGAUACACGAUUUCCCGCGACCUCGUCGAGGAAAUCGUUAAAUUUGAUUGGGUUCGUUCAAAUGUGAUAGGCAGUGAAGAUUAUAAUGUGGGCCGUUGGAUGUGCAAGUUGUCCAGAGAAAAAAAAUAUUUAUUACACUAUGUUGGUUACCCUCAUAGCCGCGGGCUGGUUCGAAAUUUUCCCGAAAACCCUUUCCACGAUUUACAUUUUGAUCGUAAUAUAGAUGCAUAUCGCUUCGUCGACGAGGCUAUAUUAAUCCAUCGGUUGGAGAAUCUUGAUGACAUGAGAACAAUUGUGGACAUGUAUCUUUAUAAUGACGGUCUUCCGAAGAUUAAGAUCAUUCGGAAUUCGACAGCUCCAGGUUUACUUACAAAAAAAGAGAUUUUUCAAGGAUGUUGGAUCAUGGAUCAAAAAAAUCAAACCUGGGAUCAAGCGCGUCAUUGGACUUCAUCACUGGAUAUCUACAAGAAUUGGUUUUAUGAAGCUUGGGGUUUCAAGGAAGGACAAUGGCAUGGUUAUUAUGGGCCCAAAAAAGAUGAUCUGAAGACUUUGCAAUCGUGUGUCUUGGUCAACAGGCUCUGGUGCGAAAAUUCAGUUCCUGUAUUAUGGGCUCAGCCUUUCAAGGAGGAAACACCAUCAUCAAUAAUUGACGUAUACAUGUCAUGCCUUACCGAAGCCGAAAGGACUUAUCUUAUUGACAACGAAAUUAAUGUGCCAAACAGGCGGCGAAAUCAGAUAUUUGACUAUGUUGGUUUCCUUAAACAUGUUAGUAUGGGGAGUCUUUACACGGUGGUUUUAAAAUGGACGGAUCGAACGCGAACAACAUCAACAGUAACUCAAAAACGCCGUUAUCACCUUUCCACGGAGCCCAGUCUGGUUGUAUAUCAAACACUAUGCAGAUUAUUUUUCAGUCGACGCUCAAACAUACAAUCGUUGUCCCUUGACUGGGGUCAUAAACAAAUAUGGAAAGCUUACCCGUUGCUACUUUAUUCUGCUGGUAUUGACACCUAUUUGGCCAAAUUAAGACAAUUCUCAAUUCAUUACAUUACCGACUGGUCAAUAUUCGGAUAUCUUUCAAGAUACGCAAAAAACAUUGAAACCUUACAGGUGGUUGAUUAUUCUUUCGAACUUCCCCCACAUCCCGAGGAUGAACAAAAUCUGGCUUCAUUAAUCACAAAACAACAUAACCUACGCCAUUUCAAAUUGUUUGGUUAUGCCACUCAUCCUGUCUUAACUUUGACAUCGUUAGGGUCGCAGUGUAAUUCUUUGGUCUCAGUAGAAAUAAUUUACGUUCAUUUCACCACAAACUCCGUUCUCGGACCAUCGUUCGAGGGUUUGGCGAUGUGCAAAAAUCUCGAGGAACUGAUAAUUAAAAAUUGUCUGUUUGCCACUGAGGAAAUUAUAACGCCUUUAAUCUACGCAACGUUUCCCUCGCUUCGUAAGAUUCAUAUAGUAGAGUCAACAUACGGAUGGGAUAGCGUCAUGGUGUCGUUGAUCCAAAACAAUCCAAUGAAUCUAGAAGAGGUUUAUUACAAACCGCUAGAUAAUCAGCAAGAACAAAACAUCAUCUCACCAUCUAUCAUUGAAUGUGUGUCACAAUAUUGCCCACGGAUAGUGAGGUUGGGUGUACCGAUAGGGCCAUCACAAAUCCAUCAUUUAGUAGAUAUAUUGACAUCGAAAGAAUGUAAACUAAAAAGCUUGAGUAUUUUUAGAAUGGAUAAGGUUUCAUUGGAUAAUGAGGAAUUAUGGAGGGAUUUGGGUAGUUUGAUGCCAACCACGUUGAGACAUUUGAACAUUUGGAUUUAUCUCGGAGAGACCCCAAUGCAAUUAUUCUUACAGAACACCAGCGCACCGCUUGAGACGUUAUAUGUUCGAUGGUGGACGCACUAUCUUGGCUAUGAUUUUCAUCUGGUUGGUGCUUAUUUGAAAGAUAGGCGAAUUGGAUUUUCGGAGUUUUUGAGACAUGUCAUUUAA